AUGCAAGACGUUAUUAUUGGCAAGUACCGUCUCUCCAAGACGGAAAACUUUGACGCUUUCCUCGCCGAGAUUGGCCUUGGCUACAUCAAGCGCAAGCUCGCCCAGUCAACCAGCCCCGAAAUCACCAUUUCCCGCGACGGCGACCGCUGGACCAUGGUCACCUCGUCGGCGCUCAGCACCUCGCAGGUGUCCUUUGUCCUCGGCGAGGACUUUGCCGAGGAUCGCCAGGACGGCGUCUCCGUCACCAGCCGCGUCACCGCCGACGACAGCAACACUUGGACUCAGACCCAGAAGCCCGGCGACGGCAAGGACGUCACGAUUGUGCGCGAGUUUGGCGACAAGGAGUUGAAGGUUACGUCUACGGUGAAUGGUGUGACGGCGCACCGCGUCUAUGUGCGCGUGUAG